UUCUGGGAAACCAUGGACAAGAAGCAAGAUUCCAAAGGAUCCUUGGAGCCGCACAAACCAGUGAAAAGCAAGAAGAAACGGGAACUGAGGAUAACAUGUGUCCCCAUCAAACAGCCUGUUGCCAACACAACGCCCCCGAGGAACUUGGACUCCAGAGCAUUCAUUACCAUUGGAGAUAAAAACUUCGAGGUGGAAGCUGAUGACCUGGUGGCAAUUUCAGAGCUGGGCCGUGGGGCCUACGGUGUGGUGGAGAAAGUCCGGCACGCGCAGAGUGGCACCAUCAUGGCCGUGAAGAGGAUUAGAGCGACUGUGAACACUCAGGAGCAGAAGAGGUUAUUGAUGGACUUGGACAUCUCCAUGAGGACAGUUGACUGCUUCUACACCGUCACCUUCUACGGAGCCCUCUUCCGCGAGGGCGACGUAUGGAUCUGCAUGGAGCUCAUGGACACCUCCCUAGAUAAAUUCUACAAGAAAGUACUGGAGAAGAAGAAAACCAUCCCUGAAGACAUUUUGGGGAAAAUGGCUGUGUCUAUUGUACGAGCUCUGGAGCAUCUGCACAGUAAACUGUCCGUAAUCCAUAGAGACGUGAAACCUUCCAACGUGCUGAUCAACAAGGAGGGACAUGUGAAAAUGUGCGAUUUUGGGAUCAGCGGCUACUUGGUGGACUCGGUUGCGAAGACCAUGGAUGCGGGCUGCAAACCGUACAUGGCUCCGGAAAGAAUAAACCCUGAGCUGAAUCAGAAGGGCUACAACGUGAAGUCGGAUGUCUGGAGUCUGGGGAUCACAAUGAUCGAACUGGCCAUUCUUCGCUUCCCAUACGAGUCCUGGGGAACCCCCUUCCAACAGCUCAAGCAAGUGGUGGAGGAGCCUUCGCCCCAGUUGCCCACCGAUCGCUUCUCCAAGGAGUUCGUGGACUUCACGGCGCAGUGCUUAAGGAAGAACCCUGCUGAGCGAAUGAACUAUUUAGAACUUAUGGAACACCCUUUCUUUACCUUGCACGACACCAAAGAGACUGACAUGGCCUCCUUCGUGACAGAGAUCCUCGGGGAAGACUCCUAACUCAAACCCCACGGCUUCGUGCAGUCCCCUCCGUCCUGGCUUCCCCGCAGAAGAGCGAAUGAGGACUCAAGUUAAUGGUGGUUUGCACAAAUCGCACUUCCCCAACCUGUGGGCAUCUCUGGCCCCAUCCGACCUCGCAAUCUCUUUUCUCUUUGCCCUGUCAACGAAAUCCCCCAGGCUGAGCCUUUUGAAGCCAGCACCUCUCCAACUAAGCCACGGAGGCCGAAGGCUCAGACAUUCACUGCUGAUGCCAGCAUAUCCCUCCCAGGGAGAGGACUGUGCCCGCGGUACCUGAGCGGGGCCAGGGCAGAGGGUGCCAGAGGGCAUCUCUCCUCCCCAGCAGCCUGGUGCACAGCGCAGAGGAUUUAUGUUUCUUUGCUGCCUGGGAAAGGCAGAGAGAAAAAAAUGCUGCUGCGCUUGCCCCAGUCUUCUCCCCUGCCUGCCCAAAGCCCCCUCCCCGGAGCCUGGUCUCGCUCGCCUUCCCUUUGUGCCUGGUUCUCUGCCCCCAGGAGCCUAUGCAGCUUUUUAGGGGGCUGCGGGGCUCCCUGGGCAUGCUGCUGUUCACACCAGAGGCUGUUUUAACGCCUGGCUCAGUCGACAACUUAAUGACCCUUCGAGGCAGCACCAGACCGGGCAUCCCCCUCCUUCAGUCGAUACGCUGCUCCCUUGGGGGAAAAAAAAAAGGCAUUUUUCAAUGAGCCCACCUUGACGCAAGCUGCGACCCACGCUCUCCCCACGCCUGCCUGCGGGACUUCAUCCAGCACACAGUGCUCCCUUCCUUGCACGGGCACAAGGUGAUGGAGAGACAAGCAGGUCCCCGGGCGCUGCCUCUCCCCCUCCAGCCCUGGGCUGGCAGGACGCAUCCCUCCUCCGGGCAUCUACCGCCUUUCUUCGCAGCCCCUGCCUCCGCCUUCCCUGGCUCCUGGAGAAGGUGUUGCUCCAUCUCCCUUCCAACCUGGAGCUCCUGUAAGACCUCGCACUGUGACACCUGCUCGUUUCGGAGGCCGUACUUGCACCCCUCGUGUCCUAAACUGCCUUCGAACCCUCCAGCUGCCCGCCGAGGUGUCAGCCGAGCUCGAAACCCCAGUGACUCGCACGGGGGCUGCCGACAGUUGUACAUUUUAUAUCUAUAUAUAAUGGACUUUGUAACAUGUUUCCUAGAUUUAAUCUAACUUGCUAUAAAUUAAAGCCCUUCUGUGUGGGAGGAGGGAGGAGCAGUUCCUUCUCCGCUAACAAAUCCACUGUGAAAACCUGAUGUGUUUCCCCACUCUCCCAGCCUGAGCACUCUGCAAGGAGCUACGGGAGCAAAAGGGAUUUCUGUCUUCUACUGUAUAUGAUCACGGGAUAAACGCACCGGCUGUGGAUUUUGUUGGGUUUUUUAAUAGACUGAGUUUUCAGAGGGAUUUUUUUUUUCUUUUCUAAUAUAUAUUUGUGUGUGUGUAUGUGUGUGCGCAAUAUAUAUAUAUUAUAUUUUUAAAUCAAUGAUGAAUGUGUGAAUGUCUUUGUGGCCAGCAGAUUUGGUGAAAUGGCUAGCAUUUUUCUGGCUAAAUUUGGGGUGGUGGGGAAGGGGUCACUAGAAGACACCCUGGCCUAAGACUUUUUUUUUUUUUUUAAAAAAGAAAUGCAUCUAUUUUUUAACUGAAUCUUUUAAAAAAGUUUUCCCUGAAAUUCAUGCCCUGGAGGUCUGGAUUUCAGGGUGCAUUUCCAGCGUUCAGGGUCCCCCACCCAAUGAAGAAUGAGGUCCCCUUAAAUUCAUUGCUCCCCACCCCUGCAGCUCGGGGUUCGAAGCGGCGCUGGGGCCCCUCUGCCUGGGAACAGGGCUGCUUGACACCAUCUAUUCCUGCGAGCUGCUCCCGGGGAAAGCUGCUUCGGGGCAAAUGGUUUUCAGUCCUUCAUGUCCCUGUGCUGGGGCAUCGCACAGCAGCGCUUUUCCCCCGUCACCGCUCUGAUCCCCUUCCCUGCCACGACGAACGCCGAGGGAACCAGCCCGGGCUGAGCUGGACAAACCCUGUUCAGCUUUGGGUCGACCCUGACCCCCACCCCACCUCUUUAUAUAAAGUAAGAAAGUGGUUGAUGUCCUCCACGUCUCCUUCCCCGUCCCGCUCUGCAAACCACCCAACGCUCUCCGAG